AUGGGAGAGGUGGUUGUGAGAUUUCCGCCAGAGGCUAGUGGUUUCAUGCAUAUCGGACAUGCUAAAGCUGCUCUCCUAAACUAUCAUUACAAGGAGACUUUUGAUGGAAAAUUAAUACUUCGUUUUGAUGAUACGAAUCCCGAGAAGGAGAGUGCGGUUUUUGAGGAAGCAAUUUUAGCUGAUUUGCCUCGUCUGGGAGUUAAGUGGGAUUCUCUCAGCUACACUUCCAAUUACUUCGAUCGCAUGAUUGAGCUCUGCACCAAGCUGAUUAGCGACGGUAAGGCCUAUGCUGACGACACUGAUUUGGAGACUAUGAGGAAACAACGCGAAGCCAGGCAGGAGUCUGCCUGCCGCAAUAACUCUGUUGAAAGGAAUUUGGCGAUGUGGAAAUCCAUGCAAGAAGGAACGGAGCAAGGGCUCAAGACCUGUAUUCGUGCGAAAAUCGAUAUGUCUUCGGACAAUGGAGCUAUGCGAGAUCCCACUAUCUAUCGAUGCAAGCUGGAACCUCAUAUUCGCACUGGCACCAAGUAUAAGUAA